AUGGAAGUCCUGCCGGUGGCUCCAGUAAAUGGCAAGGCCAAUCUUGGCACAGCACGACGUGAACUCGAGGCAGUCGGCAACUUUUUAUCUCAAGCAAACAAAGAACAGUCCCUGGAUCGUUGUGAUCGCUUUGCUUGUGAACCCCAGGCCGCCCUCUUUGCUCAGAAGGAUAUACGGACAGAUCAGGUUAAUGGCCACAGCCACAUUGCAGACGAGGCACCCGAAUCCGAACACAUAUAUUCGUUGACGUCUGAAUUCAUCUCCAGACCGACGACCAUAGCCUCUAUCGCCUUCCUCAAACGACCAGCACCUCUCGAUGGCCACCGACCUAUAUCCUCCCAGAUCUACCCGAUCAACCUGCCGGGAACAUUGUCGACCGGUCAGGACGAUAAUCAGUCAGAAAAUGGCAAACCCUCAGCAUUCGAGGUACUUCACACCAUCAUUCACAAUGCACUCGGUCCCUAUUUCGACGCUCAUACCAGGAGUCAAGAUCCCAUCGGCCGCUCAUGGUAUGAAACCGAUAUGAAAACAGGCAUACCGGGUGCAAAGAGACGGAUGCAAGAACUAGAAAACAGUUUGCUCAGCCUACAGCAGAAUACCGAUGUGCCGUUAGUACGUUUACCUAUGCACGAAGUAGUGGAGGUGGCGCUAGAGGAAGCACGAGAACAAGGUGUGCAACCGUCCUUGCAGCUACUUCCUGCUCAUGUCAUUGACAGCAACACGGUACAAAACAGCUUGAUCAACCAUCUCAACUCGUGGAUCAGGGACAUUCGCUCCGUCACUAGGUUGGCUGAUGAAGCCGAAGUCGGUUCUGCUGCUCAAGAGAUCAACUUUUGGCUUUCACUCGAGAGUGCUCUGAAGCGUAUCGAAGAUGAGCUUAACUCGGAUGGAGUACAACUGACCUUGAACAUACUAAAAGCCGGGAAGAGGCAUCAAGCUCUUCUAGGUCUGAGCGAGGACACAGGGUUGAGGGGUGCGCUUGACAAGGUUAGGAAUUACAACGUUCUAAUGCGAGACUUUCCCUUGGACGAACUGUCUUCGGCAACCACACUCCAAAAAGUGAUGGAUGCUAUGGUCUCUAUCUUUGGUCAUCUCAACAAGAAGCUGAGAAUAUGUCCCUAUCCUGUCAAAAGAGCGUUGAAGCUGGUCGAAGGUAUUUCACUCGACCUUAACACUCAGAUUCAUCGGAUCAUCGAUGGACGCGCUCUGAUGUCUAUGUCAUAUCGAGACUUUCAAGUAACUCUCGCUACUAUGACCCGGGUUUGGUCAGUGUGGGCGGAUAUGAAGAGAGAUUUCAUUCAGGUAGCCCGAGAUGUGCAAAAGCGAAGGAACAACGAAUUUACCCCCAUCAAGGUCGUUGAACGUCAUGACAAGACCAAAGAACGUCUAGAAUACGUGGCCACCUUUCGGCAAAAUCACGACCAGAUGCAGAAGACUAUCCACAAUGUUCUAGGUCCACAGGGCAAUAAGUUCACGGGGUUUAAUGCCAAUGUCAAGCCAAUCCAGUCCAUAGAAGAGCAGGACGACGCCGAGGCGCUUAGAGAAGUCACAGAAGCCUACGAUGCGCUCAAAGAAGUCGACGUGUUGGACCUAACUCCUGGUGGCACGGAGCGCUGGAACAAUGCUGAACAGCAGUACAUCGAGCGUACUUCACGAAUCGAGAACUCCAUCAUCACAAAGCUUCGUGACAGGCUGGCCACUGCAAAGUCUGCUAAUGAAAUGUUCCGUGUCUUCUCAAAGUUCAAUGCCCUUCUAGUACGGCCAAAAAUUCGUGGAGCCAUCUCUGAGUAUCAAACGCAACUUUUGGGUAAUGUCAAGCGCGACAUCGCUUCCUUACACGAGCGAUUCAAGCAGCAAUACAACGGAUCAGAGGCCCAGUUAAUGGCCCAGCUUCGAGACAUACCUCCUGUGGCUGGUUCGAUCAUCUGGAUUAGACAAAUUGAAGCUCAGCUGGAUGGUUACAUGAGAAAAGUCGAAGCAGUCUUGGGGCAGGAUUGGGCCAUGCAUGCCGAUGGUGAAAAGCUACAGAAUGAGAGUAAGCUGUUUCGCGGUAAAUUAACCACUAGAGAUAUCUUCCAGACCUGGCUACAAAACGUACAGCUCUCGAUGAUUACGACUAACGGUCGUCUUUUCAUCAUCAGCAAGGUCCGUGGACCCAGUGGUUUGCUCGAACUUCAUAUCAAUUUCGAUGAUCAGGUCGUAGCUCUCUUCAAAGAAGUUCGUAACCUGAUCUGGCUUGGCUUCAACAUCCCACACAUGGUCUCGACAGUGGCAAGGGAUGCACAAAGAAUUUAUCCUUUCGCCCUCAGCCUUAUGGAAAGUGUAAAGACAUAUGUCUCGGUUAUGGGUUCCCUUCAGGACGUCCCAAAUACCUCUCAACUCAUGUCAAAUUAUGUCAAAGAUGCCCAUACCCUCUUUUCAACUGGUAUGUCACUUCGCUGGGAGACUUUCGUGCACGAUUACGAGUAUCAUCAGAGACAGAAGCAAGCUCGGCCUGAUGCUCUGUUAAAGAACACCGAUCUGCUAUUGAAAAAUGAGAGCGCGCACACUCAAUAUAUUCGUCAAUUGUCUAAUGCUGCAGCGACCCUACAGGAGAAACUGAUCAUACUCCGUAAUACUGAUAAUGUUAUACGGAAGGCACUCAGCGACCUACGAUCCUGCCCAUACGAGUCGAAAGUAUUUCAGGACUUGGUCAGCACUAUUCAAAAUGCAGUAGACAAGCUCAACCUUGAAAACUUCGCAAACCUUGAGCAUUGGGUCAGCAACCUUAACUCCGAGCUGGAAACUAUCUUAUGUGAUCGUCUCAAGGAAGCUAUGAGACACUGGACCACUUCCUUCACCACGGGUGAAAGCAGACAAACACCUCUUCACAUUGAUGAUGGCGAGCAGGAAAUCAUCUAUAGGCCUCACUUUCCAGCUACCGAGAUGGAUAUCGGCAUGAACAACCAGACAAUCUUUGUCGAACCACCUCUCAACCAUAUAAAAGCCGUCUGGUUGCAGAACCUCGAAUCAUGGCUAGGUGUGUUAUGCAGCUUACAACGUAUCAAAGCAACGCGUUAUCAAGUUUCUACUGUUUCCGCCAUGCAGAUGAACGUAGAAUACUUCGAGGACCUAGCAAUCGACUGUUUAGAACCGCUUGAGGCAGCAUACGGUUCUGUCGAAAACAAAGUGGAAGAACUCUCAGCGUAUCUGGAAGAAUGGUAUCGUUACCAAUCUUUGUGGGACUUGCAGACAAAUCAGUUGCAGGAGAAACUGGGCGAUGAGCUCGACCUAUGGCAUCAGCUGAUUCAAGAAAUUCGUCAUGUGAGGUCAACCUUUGAUACUUCCGACGUUCGCAAGACGUUCGGGUUCGUGACGCUUAACUACGAGCAGGUACAGUCGAAAAUCACACAAAAGUAUGACCAAUGGCAGCACGAAGUGACCACUAAGUUCGGAGCUACCUUGGAGAAUCGUAUGCGAGAAGUCUUUGCUGAGCUCAAGAGAGCUAGACAUGAUCUCGAAAACCAGUCCCUUGAGGCAUCCUCGACGGCUCAGGCUGUAGCCUUCAUCACCAUCGUUCAACAGUGCAAGCGCAAUGCGAAUCUCUGGGAACCUGAAAUCGAAGUCUUCCGACAAGGCCAAGUCACCUUGUCUAGACAGCGAUAUAAUUUUGCUAGUGACUGGCUGUCUGCAAAUCAGGUAGGUGACGAAUGGGAUUCUUUUCGGGAGAUCCUGGCGCGAAAGAGCAGAGUUGUUGAAGAACAGACCGACGCCUUGAGAGCCAAGCUAGCCGCUGAGGACCGGUCUGUUAACGAGAAGAUGCGCGAAAUAGUUAGUCGAUGGUUUGAGGAAAAGCCGAUCUCAGGUGAUAUCCCACCUGAAGAGGCCACGAGCCUGCUGCGAAAUUACCAGACCCGUCUUGAGAAAUUGCAGACGGAAGCAGACACUGUUGCCAAAGCCAAAGAGGCAUUGGCUCUUCCUUACAAUCGCGAUGAUGAUUUGGCUACUACGAUCGAAGAAGUACAGGAUUUCAUCUCGUUGUGGGCGUCUCUUUCCUCAAUAUGGCAGCGCAUCAACGAACUUCGAGAAACUUUAUGGACAGGCGUACAACCGAGGAAGCUGCGUCAACAGCUCGAGGAGCUCUUCAAGUCUGCGAAAGAAAUGCCUAGCAGAUUGAGACAAUACGCUGCUUUCGAGCAUGUUCAAAAAGUCUUGCGGGACCUGCAAAAGAGCAAUUCUAUUCUAUCGGACCUGAAGACUGAUGCUAUUCGUGAACGUCACUGGCUGAAAAUAUACAAAGCCUUACGUCCUGGAAAAAGAUACUCCGAAGUGUCAAUGACCCUCGGUGAUGUUUGGGAUCUCAGACCGACAGCAACCGAGAGCGUGAUACGUGAUAUCAUAGCUCAAGCUCAAGGCGAGCUUGCUCUUGAGGAGUUCGUUCGAUCGGUUCGUGACACGUGGCAAAGCUAUUCCCUUGACUUGGUCAAUUACCAGAGUAAAUUACGUCUGAUCAGAGGCUGGGAUGACCUCUUCACGAAAUGCAGCGAAAAUCUCAAUUCUUUGCAGGCAAUGAGACACUCGCCAUAUUACAAGGAGUUCGAGGAUGAGGCUUCGACUUGGGAGGAUAAGCUGAAUCGUGUACAUGUUCUCUUUGACGUGUGGAUCGAUGUGCAGCGGCAAUGGGUCUACCUCGAAGGUGUCUUUUCGGGAAACAACGAUAUCAAACAUCUCCUGCCUACCGAGUCUAGUCGCUUCUCGAACAUCAAUACCGAGUUCUACGCAGUCAUGAAAAAGGUAUACAAAUCUCCGUUCGUGAUGGACGUACUUGCUAUACCUGGUGUGCAAAAAUCGUUAGAUCGUCUAGCGGAACUACUGAGCAAGAUACAGAAGGCUCUGGGCGAGUACCUGGAACGAGAGCGUAUAUCGUUUCCACGCUUCUACUUUGUUGGUGAUGAGGAUCUUCUCGAAAUUAUUGGCAAUAGCAAUGAUACCAGUCGAGUAGCCAAGCACUUCAAGAAAAUGUUUGCUGGUAUAUCAGGGGUUGAGGUCAACGACGAGAACGCAAUCAUCGCCAUCACUUCAAAAGAGGGUGAAAAGAUUGAUCUCAAGAAAGAGGUGUCGCUGAUUAAGAUACCUAAGAUCAACGACUGGCUCAGUGCACUGGAUAUGAGUGCUAAGCUUACUCUAGCGGAGCUCUUGUUGGAAGCCAUUGACGAGUUUAGACCUAUCUUUGUUGCCGACAGUCUUAAUUUCACAGCAUUCGAACAGUAUCUCGAAAGAUAUCCUGCUCAAAUUGUUAUUCUUGCAGCGCAAGUCGUCUGGACCAACCUCGUCACGCAGGCAUUGGCGAUGGCUGGCCAUGGCCUGGACAAAGUCUUGCACUACGAGAUUCAACUUCUAGACCUCCUUGCUGAAAGCGUUCUUCAAGAGCUGACUCCCUUGACCCGUAAGAAAUGCGAACACUUCAUCACCGAGGCAGUUCAUCAGCGGGACUUAGUAUCUAAGCUGAUCAGAUCUGAGGCUAAUUCUCCGGGGCAUUACACUUGGCUAUUAACGAUGCGCUACGUAUUUAAUAAGGAUGCAGAGCCUCUGCAAAGACUGCAUGUAGAGAUGGCAAAUGCACGACUUGAGUACGGCUACGAGUACCUUGGCGUGCCAGAACGUCUUGUCAGAACACCUCUGACGGACCGCUGUUUCUUGACUCUGACCCAAGCUCUUUGUCAGAAACUGGGUGGAUCACCCUAUGGACCUGCCGGUACAGGAAAAACAGAGUCUGUCAAAGCACUUGGUUUGCAGCUGGGACGUUUUACCUUGGUCUUCUGUUGUGACGACACUUUCGACUUCCAAGCUAUGGGUAGGAUAUUUCUCGGUAUAUGUCAGGUUGGUGCCUGGGGAUGUUUUGAUGAGUUCAAUCGUCUAGAGGAGCGCAUAUUGUCAGCGGUUUCACAGCAGAUUCAAAAUAUUCAGAUUGGCCUUCGCAACAGCACGAACGAGCAGAAGGCACAAGUCGAGCUCGUUGGUCGGCAAUUCAAAGUCAACCAGAAUACUGGCAUCUUUAUAACCAUGAAUCCUGGUUAUGCUGGUCGUUCAAACCUGCCUGACAACCUGAAGAAGCUAUUUCGUAGUGUGGCGAUGUCCAAGCCUGAUAAGGAGCUCAUCGCUGAGGUCAUGUUAUUCUCGCAAGGCUUCAAGCAGGCUAAAGAUAUUUCAAAGCAGGUCGUCCCGUUCUUCGACCACUCGUCUCAGAAGUUAUCGAAGCAGCCUCAUUACGACUUCGGCCUGCGAGCGUUAAAGAGUGUACUUAUCAGCUCUGGUAGUUUGAAGCGCACAAGACUCCAAAGCGGAGAGGAUUCGCGUGGCGGAGAUUCGAUGCUAGAGCCCCAGAUCCUGGUUCAAAGCAUUCGAGAGACAGUCUCACCUAAACUCAUUAAAGACGAUGUCGCUCGUCUGGUGCAAGUCCAGGAAGAAGACUUCCCUGGAGUGGACUACAUUCCUGCCGACAUGGCUGAGCUGACAGCUGCCAUACAGAAAGUCAUGAAGGAGCGCCACCUGACUGUAUCCGAAGCAUGGAUGACUAAGAUUUUGCAGCUUUACCAAAUUCAGAAGAUUCACCAUGGUGUGAUGAUGGUUGGUCAGUCAGCUUCUGGAAAGUCGGAGAUUUGGAAAGUCCUGUUACAGGCCUUGCAAGAGGUGGAAAACGUUGAAGGCGUCUACCACGUCAUUGAUCCAAAGGUCAUGUCUAAAGAAGCACUUUACGGCAAUCUUGAUAGCACAACGCGUGAGUGGACAGAUGGUCUCUUCACAGCUACUUUGCGCAAGAUUGUGGAUAACUUACGUGGUGAAGAUACCAAACGACACUGGAUUGUCUUCGAUGGUGAUGUUGAUCCUGAAUGGGUAGAAAACCUCAACAGUGUACUGGACGAUAACAAGCUACUGACCCUGCCUAAUGGUGAGCGUCUCAAUCUACCCCCAAAUGUGCGAAUCAUGUUCGAAGUUGAAAGCCUGAAGUAUGCUACGCUUGCCACAGUAUCACGUUGUGGUAUGGUUUGGUUCAGUGACGACACUGUUACAGCUGAGUUGAUGAUAGACCACUACUUAGCUAACUUUGCAAGUCGUGGAUUCGAUGACCUUGACGAUGAACUCGGUUUAGGCUCUGAUUCCGCUUCGAGAGCACAAAGCGCGCAAAGCUCGGUAGUGGAGGUUCUCCGCAAUAACAUUACUCGGGAUGACUUCCUGCUCAAAGCACUUUCAGAAGCUCAGGGGUACAAGCACAUCAUGGAGUUCACAGCCGCCCGUGUUUUGGACAGUCUCUUUGGUCUCUUGAGGAAGACACUUCGCACCAUCCUUCAGUACAACAUGCAUCAUUCGGAUUUUCCGCUGGACGACGAUCAAAUCGAAAGUUUUGUCUCAAAGAAACUGCUUAUAGCUAUUGUAUGGUCAUUCGUGGGUGAUGCAGCGCUUCCUAUCCGAAAACAAUUUGGUGACUUCAUCAGCAACAUGACCAAUGUCAUGCUACCCACAUUCAACGAUGGUAACUCGCUGAUCGACUACGAUGUCGCUCUACCGCAAGCACAAUGGGUAUCGUGGCAGUCGCAGGUACCCACGAUUGAUGUCAACACGCACUCGAUAACACAGACCGAUGUCAUCAUUCCUACCAUUGACACAGUACGGCAUGAAGAAGUGCUUUAUUCGUGGUUGGCUGAGCACAAGCCUUUGAUGCUGUGUGGCCCUCCAGGUUCUGGUAAAACGAUGACCUUGUUUAGUGCUCUUCGUAAGCUGCCAGACAUGGAGGUUGUUGGACUCAACUUCUCGAGUGCUACCAUGCCGGAAUUGAUUAUCAAGACAUUCGAGCAAUAUUGCGAAUACAAAAAGACGCUCAAUGGGCUUGUACUAUCCCCAACCCAAAUCGGUCGAUGGCUCGUCAUCUUCUGUGAUGAGAUCAAUCUGCCAGCACCAGACAAAUAUGGUACACAGCGUGCUAUCAGCUUCUUAAGACAGUUGAUUGAACAAAAUGGCUUUUGGCGCACGUCAGACAAGGCAUGGGUAUCUUUGGAACGAAUACAAUUCGUUGGUGCCUGCAAUCCACCCGAAGACGCUGGGCGACAUGUACUAGGAGCCAGAUUCUUGCGUCAUGCUCCUGUGGUAAUGGUCGACUAUCCUGGUGAGCUCUCUUUGAAUCAGAUCUACGGCACUUUCAACAAUGCUGUGAUGAAGGUGAUUCCAUCCCUGCGCGGCUAUGCCGACGCACUCACAAAAGCGAUGGUAGACUUCUACCUCGAGUCGCAGGCACGCUUUACUGCUGAUAUCCAGCCACAUUACGUCUACUCACCUCGCGAGCUCACAAGAUGGGUGCGUGGUGUGUACGAAUCCAUUGCACCAUUGGAGCAGUUAAGCUUGGAUGGUCUUGUUCGUAUCUGGGCACACGAAGCAUUAAGACUGUUUGCCGAUCGGCUGGUCGAGCCUGCAGAACGUCAAUGGACAAGUGAUAUGGUGAGAAAGAUUGCGCUUGAGAACUUUCCAACAGCCGACAUAGACAGUGCACUUCAAGGGCCAAUCUUGUUUUCCAACUGGUUAUCAAAGAACUAUGUAUCGGUCGACCAAGAACAGCUGCGGGAUUUUGUCAAGGCACGUCUUCGAAUCUUCUGCGAAGAGGAGGUAGAUGUUCCACUUGUUCUCUCCAAUGAUGUGCUCGAACACGCUUUACGUAUUGAUCGAGUUUUCAGACAACCGCAAGGUCAUCUUAUAUUGAUUGGCACCAGUGGUAGUGGCAAGACUACCCUGUCACGUUUUGUUGCCUGGAUGAAUGGUCUCAAAGUCUUCCAGAUAAAGGUUCAUGGGAAGUACUCUGCAGAAGAUUUCGAUGACGAUCUGCGACAUGUCUUACGAGCAUGUGGUACACGAAGCGAAAAGAUAUGCUUCAUUAUGGACGAGUCGAACGUCCUUGACUCUGGUUUCCUUGAACGAAUGAACACUCUACUCGCCAAUGGCGAGGUACCUGGCCUCUUCGAGGGCGACGAGUACUCCGCACUUAUGACAGCCUGUAAAGAUGGAGCACAACGACAAGGACUGCUGCUCGACUCUCAAGAAGAGCUUUACAAAUGGUUCACGCAACAGAUUGUACGCAAUCUACACGUCGUUUUCACCAUGAAUCCACCUCAAGAAGGAUUGUCCUCGAAAGCCGCGACAAGUCCUGCUCUUUUCAAUCGAUGCGUGUUAAACUGGAUGGGUGACUGGUCCGAUCAAGCUCUAUUCCAAGUCGGGUAUGAGUUGACUCAAUCUAUCGAUCUUGAUAAGCCCAACUUUACCGCCCCUGACACUAUACCCAUUGCCUAUACAGGACUCUCGUUGCCUGCAAAUCAUCGUGACACGAUCAUCAACUCCAUGGUGUUUGUACAUAACUCGGUGCACAAGAUCAAUUUACUGCUCGAGAAGCAGCAGGGUGUCAAAACAUAUCUCACACCCCGCCAUUACCUCGAUUUCGUUGCACAGUUUGUCCGCCUAUAUCAUGAGAAACGAGAAGAUCUCGAAGAUCAGCAAAGACAUCUGAAUGUCGGUCUAGAAAAGCUCAGAGACACUGUGGACAAAGUUCGCGACCUCCGAGCUAGUUUGGCAGAGAAGCAAAAGAUACUAGAAGCCAAGAAUAUUGAGGCCAAUGACAAGUUGCAGCGCAUGGUUGCUAACCAGCAAGAGGCAGAGACGAAAAAGACUGCCUCACUAGAGGUCAAGAAAGCGCUCGCACUGCAAGAUCAGGAGAUUGCAGAGCGUAAAGAGAUCGUGGAAGCUGAUUUAGCUCUAGCAGAACCUGCAGUAGAUGAGGCCAAACGCAGUGUCAGCAAUAUCAAGCGCCAACAUCUCACUGAAGUACGAUCAAUGGCUAACCCACCUGCUGGUGUCAAACUUGCGCUAGACUCGGUCUGUGUACUUCUUGGUCACAAGGUGAAUAACUGGAAAGAUGUGCAGGCGAUCGUACGAAGAGACGACUUCAUUGCAAGCAUUGUCAACUACAACAAUCAAGAUCAGAUGACGGCGCCCCUCCGACAUAAAAUGAGAAAUGAGUACUUGAACAACGAUGACUUUACUUUCGAGAGGGUCAACAGGGCCAGCAAAGCCUGCGGUCCCCUUGUACAAUGGGUCACGGCUCAAGUCAACUACUCCGAGAUACUGGAUCGUGUGGGUCCUCUUCGAGCUGAGGUGCAUCAACUUGAAGAAACUGCAAACGAGACCAAAGCUCAAGCUAAGGCAACGGAAAACCUCAUUCAGAGAUUAGAGGAAAACAUAGCUACUUACAAGACCGAAUAUGCUGCUCUCAUCAGUGAAGUACAGGCUAUCAAGGCUGAAAUGAGCCAGGUUCAGGGCAAAGUCGACCGUAGUGUCAAGCUUUUGGACAGCUUGUCCUCUGAAAGAGUUCGUUGGGAUGCUGCCAGCAAGUCCUUCGAAACACAGAUCUCCACACUGGUCGGUGAUGUGCUUGUUGCUUCAGCAUUUUUGGCAUAUGGUGGACUCUACGACCAGCAAUUCCGGAAGAACAUGAUUGAUGACUGGCUGCAUCAGCUCGAACGAUCGAACAUUGCUUGCAAAUCCGACGCUUCUGUAUCAGGCUACUUAUCUACAGCAGACGAACGUCUCCAGUGGCAACGUCAUUCAUUACCUGCGGACGACUUGUGCAUGGAGAAUGCGCUUAUGCUCAAGCGUUUCAAUCGAUAUCCACUCAUCAUUGACCCUUCCAACCGGGUAAUCGAUUUCUUGAGACAAGAGCAUGAAGGUCGCAAAUUGACCGUUACCAGCUUCCUCGACGAUGCCUUUAUCAAACAGUUAGAAAGUGCUCUACGUUUCGGCAACCCAAUCCUCAUUCAAGAUGCUGAAUAUCUCGACCCUAUCUUGACACAUGUAUUGAACAAGGAGUACCAAAGAACUGGUGGUCGUGUAUUGAUUCAACUUGGCAAGCAGGAAAUCGACUUCUCGCCCAGCUUCAAAUUGUACUUGUCGACUCGUGAUCCAUCUGCGAACUUUGCACCAGACAUUUGCAGUCGGACAACCUUCAUCAAUUUUACUGUCACCAAGAGCAGUUUACAGACGCAAUCUUUGAAUGAAGUUCUCAAGGCCGAACGUCCCGACGUAGACAAACGACGAACCAAUCUUAUCAAGAUGCAAGGUGAAUUCAAUACGAAUCUUCGACAACUCGAGAAGCGCCUCCUGCAAGCUCUGAACGAAUCGAGAGGCAACAUCUUGGACGAUGACAACGUUAUUCAUACCCUGGAGACACUAAAGAAAGAGGCAGCCGUUAUUUCGAAGAAGGUUGCCGAAACUCAAGGAGUUAUGACUGAAGUCGAACGAAUCACGCAGGAGUACAGUCGCAUCGCAGGUGCCUGUAGCUCAAUAUUUGCGAUAUUGGAGUUGCUCUACCACAUCAAUCAUGCUUAUCGCUUUUCGCUGCAGUACUUUGUCGACAUUUUCCACUUUGUUUUGCACGAGAAUGCCAAUCUCAAAGGUGUUACAGACUACAACAAGCGAAGCGAGAUUAUUCUCAAGGACAUAUUCGUCGAGACUUUCCAAAGGACCGCUAUUUCGAUGUACCAGAAGGACAAGAUCACACUAGCGUUGCUUCUUGUGCGAGCAUCGCCCUAUAAAUUCGACGAAUCGCUUCUCGAUCUUAUCCUGUCUGCACCAGGAAUUAGUGAUGCCGAUAAGGCUUUGAGUGCGAUACGAAGCCUGCCUCCGUUCAAAGAGGUGACUGUUGGUGGCGAGGAUGAGGUCUGGAAGCAAUUUAUGACCAACGAGCGAGCAGAAAACUACGUACCGAAGCUGUGGAAUAGUGAUCUCGACAGUAUUGACCAAUAUCUGUCGAGGCUGUUGUUGAUAAAAGUGGCUCGACCUGAUCGGUUCUUACCAGCAGCAGAACAAGUCGUUGCUGCUGUGUUUGGAGCCGAGAUAUUCCAGGGCACGGACAAUCUAGGCACGAUUGUGGAGCAAGUCGCAUCUGGAACCCCCAUCGCAUUGAUGUCGAACCCAGGAUUUGACGCAAGUUACAAGGUUGAUACAUUGGUGGAACGAAGCAAUGCUGGAUGUGCUAAUGUAGCCAUGGGAUCCGAGGAGGGCGUGGCGUCGGCGGACAAAGCUAUUGCAAGCGCCACUGCUAAUGGUACGUGGGUUCUUGUCAAGAACGUUCACCUUGCUCCACAUUGGCUGCAAAGUCUUGAAAAGAGAUUGUCAUCGCUAAGGCCUCACGAAGAGUUUCGAUUAUUCCUGUCGAUGGAAGCCACGUCAAAGAUACCAGUCAAUCUCAUUCGGGCAGCACGAACAUUGGUAUUCGAGCAGCCUGCGGGCAUUCGAGCCAAUAUGAAGGAUACACUCAGUGUGCUCGCUGAUCGUGGCAACAAGGCGCCAACAGAGAAGGGACGAUUGUAUUUGUUGUUGUGUUUUUUGCAUGCCGUGCUGCAAGAACGACUACGAUAUGCACCAACACUCGGAUGGAAAGGACUCUGGGAGUUCAACGACAGCGACUACGAGUGCUGCGCAUUCAUCAUCGAUUCAUGGAUCGAACAUAUUGCUCAAGGGCGAUCGAAUGUGGCACCCACCAAGCUUCCAUGGGAUCUCAUUCGGACCAUGAUCACAGAGAUGUAUGGAGGAAAGAUUGACGACGAAGGUGACUUCAAAUUGUUGAAUGGACUCGUAAACCAGGUGUUUGAUGCAGCUGCAUACGAGGAAGACCACGAACUGGUAUCAGAGCCUGACGGACAAGGACUGAAAGUACCACCAGGCACUAGCAUGAAAGACUUUGUUGGGUGGGUCAAUGGCUUGCCAGAACGAGAACCGCCUUCUUAUUUGGGCUUACCUGUUGAUGCAGAGAAGCUACUACUGGUUGGACACGGUGAACAAGUGGUGAAAAGUCUAGCGAAGAUUACUGAUAUGCUCGAGGAGGGCGAGCAAUUGAUGCUCGAGAACGGCGCAUAG